AUGGCUUCAGAAGGAGCAUGGCCAGUGCUGGGAACGGAUGUGACCAUGAACCCCGGUGCCUCCUUGUCUACUUUCACGGCAGUGCCCUUCCCUCCACCCACUCCUGGUGCCCAGCACCGGCCACCCUGGCAGCAGCACCUGCCACGUCCCCUCACCCCAGCAUUCCCUCCUGGCAGCAGCCUGCUGCUGCCAGCUUUCCCCAGGACGCCUUUGGUGGCUAAUGGUGGCCGUGGCCCCAGUGCCCCUGGGGCUUGCAACCUCACUGUCCAAGUCAGGUCACAAGGGAGGACAGUGGAGGCCCCCCAGACUCAGACCUUUGUCGUUACUCAGGCCCCCCUCAACUGGAGCGCUCCAGGGGCCCUCAGCAGGAGUGCUGCAUGUCCUGCACCCGUAUUCAUAGCAACCCCUGUGAUGGGGACCGUUGUGACUGCUUCAGCUGUUGGAGUUAGUCAGGCUGGCAAGGGAGGCUGGACCCCAGGCUUUCCUCCUCAAGCUCCACCACCAGCUGCCCAGCUGGCCCCUAUCAUUCGCCCAGUGAACUCUGGGCCAUGGCCACAUGGCACUUCCAGGGAGGGCCGCCUGGCCACCAACCAGUCCAACGCCUCGCAGGAUGGCUCCUCUAACCCCCAGAGAGAGUACAGUAACUUCCGACGUUGGCAGCACAUCAAGCCCCUGGCCCGGAGACACUUUCACCUGAGUCCUGAUGCAGAAGCUUUUUCCUGCUUUCUCAUCCCAGUGCUUCGAUCUGUGGCCCGCCUGAAUCCCUACAUGCCGCUGGAGGAGGGACUGUGGAGGGCCGUGCAGGAAUGGCGGCGCUUGAGCAACCUUGACCGGAUGAUCUACUACGAGAGGGCGGAAAAGUUCAUGGAAUUUGCGGCCAAGGAGGAGACGCACAUUCAGCAUUUGCAGUGGAUGCAGUGCGCGCAGCACCUGCCUCCUCCAGCCCCACCGAAGCUGGAUCCUCGGGGGCCCCCAGCCCCGAAAGUGGGCCUUCAGCCAGGCACCCAGCUUCCCACUGGAGCUGAAGGCACAGCCUGUGCUCCCAGGAUGUCCGGCCCCAGGGCCCAGCCCUCGCACCCGAAGCCACACAGAUCCCAGUGGCCCCCGGAGCCCAAGGCGCCCAAGGAGAUUCCCCCUGAGACUGUGAGGGAGGAUGUGGACAGGAUGGAGGCGCUGGUGGGGCCCGUCCACUCAGCCACAGGCAAGUCACCUGCAGAAUGUGGAAAGGACGGAAAUGAGCUGAAGCAGGAAGAGGACGACACCUACUUGGACCCGUGUCUCUUGAGCUACACUGACGAGCUGCGUUCCCGGGAACACUCUGUCACCAAGGUGGAGGCAGUCAUUCAUCCUCGAUUCCCGGCAGAAUUGUUUUCCCCGGACCCACAGCUGGAUGUCUUGGCCCUUGCUGAGGAGCUGAAGCAGGAGGAAGGACUCACCCCUGAAGAAGUGAGCGGCCAUUGUCCCACUGCCCAGUGCUCCUCCUCUCACACGUGCGCGUGGAGCCGUCACUGUCCUCCUCCCUCCUACCAGCUGGUGCAGAAACGACUCCUGGCCUUGAAAGAGGACGAGGGUGGGCCGGCAGCCGCGAGCCACAGUGCACCCGGAAUGGGCUCAAGUCCAUCUGAGUCCCACGCCGGCCAAGGUGCCCAGAGGCACGACCAAGACCGCCAUCAAGGGGUCAGUGAUGAAGCCUGCCCACCAGAGAUUGAUGUUGAGGCUCUUCAUAGGCCCAUCCGAACAGACACUGGCCCGUUCGUGCUCAGAGUCUUUGUUCCCUGUCGAGGACGUCAGGAGGUCUCUCCAUUCCGGGCCGGACGGCCCUCCCCUCCCCAGGGUCAAAGGCGCACUGGCCCUCUACUGGGACCCAGGGAUGCGUCUGUUCUCAGAGAGGCGUCUCCUGUUCCGGAGGCCCGAGGGCCCAGGGACGCGUCCAGUGAGAACGAGGAGGCGCUCCCCAGCCUGGCCUCCCUCUUGGCCUCUCCGCAGAGCCUGCCGCCUUGCGGGCUGUCCCAGAGUCCUGCCCCUGCCUCAGGCCUGGCCUCCCCUGGAGAUGGUGUCAUCUUUGCACUCUUCCCACCGCCUCACUCCAGCCAGUAA